AUGAACUCAUCCUACCAGCUACACAUUCCAGAACUUAACUUGAGUACUUUUGGCAUCAACUUUACGGUGCCUACUGUCAAGAACAAGUCAUCACCAUGUGAGCAAGUGGUCAUAGCAGUGGAGGUGUUUCUAAUCCUGGGCAUUAUAAGUCUCCUUGAAAAUAUCUUGGUCAUCUGUGCAAUAGUUAAGAACAAGAACUUGCACUCACCUAUGUAUUUCUUUGUGUGCAGUUUAGCAGUAGCUGACAUGCUGGUCAGUGUUUCUAAUGCUUGGGAGACCAUAACGAUAUAUUUAAUAAACAAUAGGCAUCUAAUUAUGGAAGAUGCUUUUGUACAACAUAUAGACAAUGUUUUUGAUUCAAUGAUCUGCAUAUCUGUGGUGGCUUCCAUGUGCAGUUUGCUGGCUAUAGCAGUAGACAGGUAUGUCACAAUUUUCUACGCCCUGCGUUAUCACAACAUCAUGACAGUGAAAAGAUCAGGGCUAAUCAUUGCAUGCAUAUGGACAUUUUGCACUGGCUGUGGCAUUAUCUUCAUUCUUUAUUAUGAAUCAACUUACGUUAUCAUUUGUCUCAUCACAAUGUUUUUCACCAUGUUAUUCCUCAUGGUCUCUCUGUACAUACAUAUGUUCCUCCUGGCUCGUACUCAUGUCAAGAGAAUAGCUGCUUUGCCUGGAUACAAUUCUGUCCAUCAAAGGACCAGCAUGAAGGGGGCUAUCACUCUGACCAUGCUACUUGGCAUCUUCAUUGUUUGUUGGGCUCCAUUUUUUCUCCACCUCAUCCUGAUGAUUUCUUGCCCUCAGAACCUCUACUGUGUUUGCUUUAUGUCUCACUUCAACAUGUACCUCAUCCUCAUCAUGUGUAAUUCAGUGAUCGAUCCCUUGAUCUAUGCCUUUCGUAGCCAGGAAAUGCGGAAGACCUUCAAGGAGAUUAUUUGUUGCUAUAGCCUGAGAACGGCCUGUGGGUUGCCGAGCAAGUAUUAG